AUGCCUUCAAUCACCAGCCUCCUCUCUUAUGCCGCCAUAACUCUUCUCGCUUCCUCUCAACUCUCCGCUGCCUCUCCGAUGCCUAUGGGAAAAUUAGUUGUACGGGACACUCCAACAAGCCUCCCCACCACCGGAAGCGGUACUCAGCUCCCACCCCCUGACGCUGGUCUCCAUCUCAAAUCCGUCACCCUCGGCCGCGGCGUCCAGAACUACACCUGCUCAGGCGGCUCCGGCACCCCAACUGCCGUAGGCGCCAUCGCAGACAUCUUCGAAAUCACCGCCCUUGCAAUGUUGAAACCCACCUCCCCUGACUUCACCGGCCUCCCAGCAGCAGCAGCCUACUUGACUAUCCCUGGUGUCCAGCAGCUUCUGAACAGCCGUAUGCCCAUGGGAAUCCCGGCCCCGGUUAUUGGAAAGCACUACUUCAAUUCCGCUGGUGUCCCGACCUUUGAUCUCUCUGCCAUGGGCAAGAAAUUGCUCGGCAAGGUUGCGGGUAAGGUCCCUGCUCCUGCAAAUGCGGAUAAAGGCCCUGCUGGCACUGGGGCGGUUCCGUGGUUGAAGCUUGAUGAUGCUGGGGGGAGCUCUGGGCUCAAGGGGGUUUACCGUGUCUACACUGCUGGUGGCAAUGCACCUGCUUCUUGCUCUGGCAAGCCUGCUAUUUCUGUUCAAUAUGCCGCCAUGUAUUGGUUUUAUGGCUAG